AUGUCAGAAGCCGUACAUUCAAUUGCGAAGGAAGGAGACGGAAGUGACGAUAGCAAAGGCGACUUUCCUAUCGACGAGGCUGUACUUCGGGCUCUGCCUGAAGGUAGCAAAGUCCUCUCAUCUAACCGCCAUGGCUUCUCCGACUGGACCGUCACUGCCUGCUUAGUCGUCCUCCUCCCCGAUGGCGCCGAGAAGAAAUACUUCCUCAAGAUCGCCACAGAUGAAGCCGGCCGGGUAAUGAUGGAAGGCGAGUACAACUCCAUGGCCUCGCUCUACGAGAUAUCGCCAGACUUCGUUCCCAAACCCCACACCUGGGGCAAGUUCAAGCUGGAAGCGCCGGAAACGUACUUCUUCCUAUGCAACUUCAUCGAUAUGACAAACACUCUGCCAGAACCUACCCUCUUCUGCGCCAAACUCGCGCAAUUGCAUAAAUGCAGUCAAUCCCCCACAGGAAUGUUCGGAUUCCCCAUCCCAACCUGCCACGGCCGCUUCGCCCAGGAAAUAUCCUGGGACCCAAGCUGGCCCAAUUUCUUCGCAAAGCUCCUCCGCACCGCUCUCUCGAUCGAGAAGAAAGAGAACGACCCAUGGCCAGAGUACGAAGCAACCUCCGCCCGCGUCCUAACCCACGUAAUCCCGCGUCUCCUCGGUGCGCUCGAAGAAAACGGCCGCCAAAUCAAGCCAUCGCUCAUCCAUGGAGAUCUAUGGGAAGGCAACGUCGCUACAGAUGUCUCGAACGGGAAUAUCUACAUUUUUGACGCUGGUGCGUAUUAUGCGCAUCAUGAAAUGGACCUUGGUAUGUGGCGGUACGAAAGAUAUGAGUUCGCGAAGAAGCCGGAGUACAAGGAAGAGUAUCUUCGCGUCAUGGGCGUGGAUGAGCCGGUGGAAGAGUUUGAUGAUCGCAAUCGGUUGUAUUGUGUUAAGAUGAAUGUUGUUCGUUCGGCGCAUCAUCCGGGGUGUGAGGAGAGGGAGAUGUAA